AUGUCGAAUUGUAUCAUCCGACUGGACAACUACGAGGGACAGUACUAUCCGGGCGAUCCUAUAAUAGGGAAAGUGAUUUGUUCAUUCAACACUUCGAAAAAUAUCAGAGUCGCCGUGCCAGCUGCCCAAGUUCAGCCAAAACAUCACCAGUCCCAGAGCAACCACGAUGCCGCAGACCCGGAGUCGGCCGCCCAGUUCCCGUCUCCCGAGCCAGACGCCAGCAGCAGUCCCAGCGGCCGAGCAGCCACGUCAACCGUGGACUCGAGUGCGGGAAGUGUCGCGAGUGUGAAUUCGAACGAACCAAGUGACAAAUACCCUAGCGGUCAAAUAGGAUCUGGUAGACACGAGUACCCUUUUACCUUCCAACUAUCUCACCACCUUCCCAGCACGUACCAAGGACAUUAUGGAGGAGUAACCUUUACUCUUAAAGUUAAAGUUGACAUUCCUUUCAAAUUUGACUUCACUGAUUCGAUGCAGAUCACUGUAGCGUCCCCUGUAAACUUUAAUCUGAUAAAAGAUAAACUCCAGUUGAAACCAAUUUGUUACUCUACUGACAAGACCGUAUGUUGUUGGUGUUGCGCAAGUGGUCCCAUAACCAUGGAAGUACAUCUAGAGAAAGAAGCAUUCGUGGUGGGGGAAGUGGCAAAAUUGAGAGUAGAUAUAGACAAUAUGUCCAACGAAAGAGUUGAGAGCGUUCUAGUUAAUUUGAUAAUGAAAAUUAAGUCCAAGGUUUCUGCCUCAACAGACAGAGGCAAGAGCAACCGCGAGUUACUAGCAAUUAACAGUUAUACAGGCGUUGCGGCACAUAGUCAGCGGUCUUACGAUCUUAAUUUAGAAAUUCCUCAGUCUGCUCAGGUGCCCAAUUUCGAUCAAUGCAAACUCUUCAGUCAGGAAACCAAACUAGAAGUAACUGCAGUUAUACCAGAAUGUCUCACCAAUAUGAAGGCGGUUUCAUAUGUCACCCUGGGUCACAUACCUAUCGACGGGUUUAGUGAAAAUCAAGGUGAUUUUUUAAUGCCCACUGACUUUUCGCUUUGA